AUGAAUCUUCAUUCUAAUUCAACGAAAGUACACGUUGAUGGACUUUAUAUUUUAAUUGUACCAAAAAAUGAAUUUGGCCAAGAUUUAACUGAAUAUCAUGCGAACAAAAUGAGACGAGUACAACGUAAAGUUGAUGAUUUAAGAAAAUCAAUGUUAGUUCUAUAUCCUAUUAAUCUUAAUGUUAAUAUGGUUAUUAUGAUAACACCUGGUGAACAUCAUUUUGAUCGGUCAACAUUUAAUAUUAAUACUCUUAUUGAACAAAUCACUGCUAAUAUUGAUUCAAAACAAUUUUCUGAUUUACUUGAUUUUGGAAAAUUUCAAAAUUAUAGUACACUAUACGAACGAUGUCGUGAAUAUCGUCAAUUACAUUUGCAAGAAUCACUUCAAAAUACAUUAUUGACCGAAGAACAGAAAGAUCGUAUUAAGAUUCUUGAAACAAAAUUAGAUGUAUUCAAUUUGGCAUAUAUUCGUCAUAGUGUUGAAAUCGAGAUUGAAAAUAAAACAACAGAUUCAUCAUUGGAAAAUACUCAAAGAAAUAAUUAUCAUCGAUGGAAUUGGUGGUGGAGAAAAAAACAUAAACAUCAUCAUAAUCAUAGUCAUUAUCACAAUCAUAAUGAAAGAAUAAUGUCAAUAACAUCAUUGGAACCAUAUCAUGAUGAUGGAUUUAGUUUUUAUUUUGAAGAUUUAUCAAAUAUAAUAAUUGAUAUAAGAAUAACUAGACUUGAUUUAAAUUUAGUAUCAUCAUCAUUAAUAAUAAAUAAUUGUUGUUCAUCUCAAUUAAAUGAUAAAAUAAAUCAAGAAAUCAUAGCUCAUGUCAGUGUAGAUGAUGCGAAAAUAAAUCUUAUUAAACGAUCUAUUUCAUCAAGUUUAUUAUUUGAAUUGAAUUUUCCAAAUUUUCGAUUAUAUGGUAUUGAAGAUAAUAAAUCAAAUCGUCGUUUAUUGGUUGAAUCAAUUUCAAAAUGUUUUUCUCCAUUAUUACAUAUUCAAUUCGAAUUAUUUCCAAUAAAUAAUAAACGAUCUGAUUAUCGUUUUCAUUUAAAUAUACAACCAAUAAGAAUUAUUUAUCAUGCCGCUAUGUUUAAUCGUAUUGUUGAAUGUUUUGAACCGAAUAUAAAUCAAAAUUCAUUUUCAUUGUCUGAGAUAAAACAACGUCAAUAUGACGAAAUGGAAAAUGAUCUCUAUUAUCAGAAAGUAUUUGACAUGACAAUUGAACUAAAUCAUAUAUCAAUUAUUUUUCCAAAAAAUGGUCAUUAUAAUCAAAAUACUUCGAUGUUUAAUAUUGAUUUUAGACAAUUAACAUUAAAAUCAUGUUUAGAUGAAAAUCAAAUCGAUUCUCAGGAAAAAAAUCUUGAAGAACGAUUCUAUAUAAAAUAUAAACUUGAAAUAAAUGAUCUUCAAAUUAUAUAUUAUACUUCAGAUGGAUCACAUUUACAUUUAUUACGAAAAACUCCAUCAAUUGAUAUUUACUUUUACAAAUGUAUUUAUUUCGACGAUGCAAAUUUAGACGAUUGGCAUAUUCAUUUAAAAACAAAUUCCAUCGGAGAAACUCAAAUCUCAAAUAAAAUUCUUCAUGAAAUAAUUGAUCAUUUUAAAUCAAUACCACUAUUUAAUUCAACACUUUCGGAAAUUCUUUAUAGAAUAAAUCUUUAUUUUGAAAUUUUUCGGCCAAAUACCAGCCUUAAAGGAAACAUUUCAAUUCAUCAAUGUUCAACUAUUAUUCUAGUUAAUCCAAAAGUAUCAAUUAAAACUGGUUUGUAUAUUUCUAUAUCAAAAACGAGAAAGAAUAUCGAAGAAAUGAUCAUUAUCUUAAAAAAUUUAACAAUGGCAACGAUCCAUAGUUUAUCGAAUUCGUUUUAUCUGAACGAACAUCUCAAAUUGAAUUAUAUUAAUAAUUCUACGAGAUUACAAUUAACAGAUUAA